GAAAUACCAGAAAGGUUCCUAACAAGAGACAAUGUGAAGAUGAUCGUGUUAUGGGUAACACUGCUUGUUCUUCAUCAAGGAUAUGCACUGAUUCCAGUGAUCACAGUUCAAUCUGGUGAACCUGCAACCUUGAGAUGUACUUUGCAUAAUUAUGAUUUAAACACUAAACAACUCUACUGGUACAAGCAGAGUGCCGGUGAUACUCUGAAAUUAAUCCUGAAACUGUAUGGAUCUGGAACACCUCAGUAUGGACCAGAGUUUUCUCCCUCAAGAUUGAACGUACAUACUGAAAAGAAUUUUAGUAACCUGACCAUUUUGAGGACAACCCAAGAAGACGAGGGAAUGUACCAUUGUGCAGCCAUGGAGUGGAUUAAUCCUGAAUGGAACGGGAUAUAUUUAUUAGUAAAGGGAAACACUGAAAGGACAUCAAACUAUACUGUUGUUCAGCGGCCGCCAGUAUCUGAUCCAGUCCGUCCAGGAGACUCUGUGACUCUCCAGUGUUCAAUCCUGUCUGACUACAAGAACAAGACGUGUCCAGGAGUACACAGUGUUUACUGGUUCAGAGCUGGAUCAAAUGCAUCUCGCCCAGACUUCAUCUACACUGAUGGAAAUAGUCGUGAUGAAUGUAGCAAUAACACUGGCAUUCACUCGUCUCCAAAGAGCUGUGUCUACAGCUUCUCUAAAAACAUCAGCUCCUCUGAUGCUGGGACUUAUUACUGUGCUGUGGCCACAUGUGGAGAGAUAUUAUUUGGAAAUGGAACUAAACUGGAACUUGUGCAAACAACACAUUCACUAUUUAUUGGAAUAGUGAUAUCAAUAGUCUGCUUGACCAUUUCUGUUGUUGCAAAUGUCGUCUUCAUCUGCAACCGAAGUCUAAGAGUAUGUGAACAAUAUAAAGGAAUGGAAAGCACUAUUUCAGAAGCUCGACAUGACAACUUGCGUCAACCGGUACAUGAUAUUACUGAAGUUGAUGACAGAAUGAACUACGCUGCACUGAAUUUCUCAGAAAGAAAAGCAACAAGAGGAAGAAAGAAGAAAGAGUUUUCAGAGGACUGUGUGUACUCUACGGUUGAGUAUCGUCUGAAUUUUAUCAAUUCUGAUUCCGUUUCUGCUUAACGAUUCCCAGUUUACUUGUACUCUCAAGUUAAAUGAUGAUACUGUUGAUAAUAUUGAGCACUUGCAUCUGUUUCUGAUUGUUUUGUAGUAUUUUUUUUUUUUAUCUUGGCUAAAUAUUAAAUAUUAACCCUUACUCAAAAAAAUUACUUUAUUGUUGACACAGUUAGGACUAUCAUAGUCUAUAACACAUUAUUGUUGCCUUUCUUACAUAUCAUCUUUAUCAUCUUCAUCAUAUCAAUGUUUUCUUUGGUCCUUAAUUGUGUUAACACAAAAUUUUGUGUUUGAAAACUGAUCGUUGUGUUACUG